CGACAGCACCACCAGGUUUCCACAGCAUAUGCCGCCGAAGAUAACGAGGCGAGGCUCUUAGAAUGGAGGUCAAGUCCAAGUGUACCACGUAACUGUGGCCACAAGUAUAAGAACCUCCCGGUGUCUUUUAAUGAAUCUCCCGUUGUCCCUCCCCUAUCUCCCAUGCCUCUAUUUGCAAGCCCUUCCUUUUCUCGCUUUCAACCAAUGCACCACUAGUUUGAUGGUGUAUCACGGCUUCCCACAGUCGUGCUGGUAUGUGUUUUAGGAUGCUUCUGUCACACUGAAGGCAUCAAGCAUGCCGUCUGCAAUCUCCAUCCAGGCAGUAUCAGUUUACGGAGAGACCGGCGUGCUGGCGGAGCCGUUGGGGUAUUUCGUGGAAGCCCAGGGUCACGAGCCCGGCGGCUCUCAUGUCAUCUCCGCCCAGCUCGUGGCCUCUUUGAGCGGUUACGAGCUGCGGGUCAUCCAGAAAUGGGCAAAGACCGGGGAACACUUCAUCAGGCUCGAUUGGACCUUUCCAGGCCACACCUACCCCAAGUUCACGACCCGGCAUACCCUCGACUCAGGGGAAGCCUCAGGAGAUGUGAGCUUCAGCGGCGGCCUCGAUUGGGCACAGCGGAUGCUGAACGUCACUCAGGCACUGCAGCUUCCCCGCCAUGCAGCAAGCUUUCACGCCGCCGAAGGAGGCCAACAUCCGCCUAUGCCCAGCUCGGUGUUCACAGGGGAUAGUCCAAAACUCCCUUUCCAGACUUUGCACCCGCCUCACCCCUAUUGGAACACGAGUGCUACAUUUCUGAACACCCUGAUCCAUAAGGCUCCCAAAGACGCGGACGAUGAAGCAUCCGUCUAUUCGGAGCCCACUUCGGCGAGGACUAUCUCGGAUACAGACGCCAGCUGUCCUUCCUCGGAUCUAGCUUCCACAAGACAGCCUUCCCCCUCUUCUGAGAGUCUCCCGCUCCCACUCCAAGAGUGGACAGAGGACGACCUAGUUCAACAUCAGCUGCGGAUCGACAUGCUCCAUAGGCAGAGGAGGGACGCCGAGGCCAUGUACGCCCACAACGGUGAUACCAGCGGCUUGGUCGCUGUGAUGGCUUCGGCGUCUCAAUCCAUGGCCAACUGGGAUUCUUCUGGGAUGCCGAGGUUCUAGUUUUCUGUCAUCUACGUCUCAGUGUGUAAAAUUUGGGGAAUUUCGUGGCCGAUGACUUGAUACACGGUGGGACAGUUUCUGGAAGCAUGUCCCCUAGUCUGUCUACAGGGCAGUACGUUGACCUACGUUUUCAUAUCCGUCCGACGGGGCUUGGAAUUUUAUAGGGACGGUCUUACGGAUGACUGAGAUAUAGUAUGGUCGUCUUGAUGGUCUAAAGCCGAAUGAAAUCAAGUACAUAGGCAAGAUAUAUAGUUAGCACAGGUACAUUAUACGAGCAGUUCAACAUCCA